AUGGCUCAAAGACCUGGUUAUGGGAAAGAAGGCAGACCUAUCAAACUUAAAACAAAUUAUCUUAAAGUCGUUCAAUUUCCAAAUAUUUCUUUAUAUCACUAUAGUUUUGAUGUUGCUCCGAAGAUUAACAAACAAACGAUUAAUAAGAUUUAUUAUGAAGUCGCCAAUAAAAACAAUUUCGGAAAAUUUUUCGCGGCAUUUGAUGGAAAUUCCUCGAUUUACUCUUCUACUCCUUUACCAUUGGCAAAUGAACGAAAAGGGAACAAAUUCAAGGUUGUUAUAGGAAGUAAUGGCGAUAAGACCAUUAAAAAAGGAUCGUACGAAGCCACCGUCAAAUUCAUAGAAACUUUAAGCCUUGAUCGGCUUAGAAAUUAUAUUUCAAGCCAAGGACCAAUAACAAGUAUGGUUAUCACGUGUUUGGCGGCAUUGAACGCGUAUAUCAAUUUUAAUGUUCGGCAGAAGUAUCUUUCAUCGGGUAAAGGGAUUUAUCCACCUAGCCCCAAAAAUAUACCCAUUAUCUUAUCAAGCGGUGUCGAAUUAAAACAAGGAUUUUAUCAAUCAUUACGUCCUGGAUGUGAUCAGUUGUUUAUCAAUAUUGAUAUUUGCGCAGCAGUUUUCUAUCCUUCCGGUUCUUUACCAGAGGUAAUUGGCAAAAUUUUAUCGAAACGUAGUACAGAAGAACUACGUUUUCGUGGAUUAAGUAAUAGUGAAAUAAUCCUUCUAUCAAAGUACUUAAAAAAUUUAAAUGUUGAAACUUUACAUCAUCACAAUCGAAAACCCGUGUACAAAAUCAAACGCAUUACAAAAGAAUCGGCAGAUAACCUUAAGUUCUAUAAUGAUGAGAAGAAUAGUGAUAUGUCCAUUUCUGAAUACUUUCUUACUAAAUACGAAAUUACAUUAAAAUUUCCAAAUUUACCAUGCAUCCUCGUUAAUCGAGGUAUUUACUUGCCCAUUGAGGUUUGUUACGUCUUGCCUGGCCAACGUUUCGAAGGACCAUUGCCAGACAUUACUCUUUCUGACAUGAUUAAACAUACGUGUGUAAAGCCACAAGAAAGGUUUCAACGAAUUUUGAAUGCUGUAUCAGACGUCUUCCAACAUGAUAGAGAUCCACAUCUUGAGUCAAUUGGUAUGGAAGUCGAUUGCAAAAACAUGGUGGUUCUUAACGGACGUGUACUCAAUCCUCCUCGUUUAACUUUUAAUGAAAAAAACCGCCAAUCAGAGUUCAUCCCUGAAAAUGGACGUUGGAAUAUUGUGAAUAAAGUCGUUUGCCAGGGCGCUGAAUUGGUAAACUGGGCUGUGGUUGUUUUUGAUCAAGAACGUUCAGCUCCUCAACAAUUGGUGAAAUCAUUUAUGAAAAGAUUUCGUGAAAUUGCCAAUCAAAAAGGAAUGAACAUCCCGAAUGAUCCUUACGUCAUGUAUGCGAAUCCUCAAGGCGAAAUUACUACGGCGUUGAAUAUUGCUUGUCACAAAUCUUUGUUUAACAAAAAUUAUCCUCCACAUAUCAUUAUAUGUAUUUUGGGAGCAACGGGUCCAAUAUAUGGAGAAAUUAAAAGGAUUGGGGACACGCAAUUGGGUGUUCCAACUCAAUGUAUUUUACUCAAACGAUUAACGAGAAAAAAUGGAAUCGAUCAAAUUUGUUCAAACAUCUUUUUGAAAGUGAACGCAAAAUUAGGUGGACAAAACGUAAUAUUAACCAACGAUCAAAUUGGGUUUGUAUCUUCAGAACCGACAAUGAUAUUCGGCGCUGACGUUUUCCAUUCCGGAAGAGGUGAUAAUAAACCAAGUAUUGCAGCUGUAUGUGCCUCAUUGGAUUCAAAAGCUACUAAAUACGCUGGAAGAUUUAGUGUUAAUAGGGAUCCUCGAAAUGAAAUUAUUGAAGAUCUCAAAGGAAUAGUAAUCGAUUUACUUCGUGUUUUUUAUCAAAGAAAUCAAGUUUUACCGAGAAAAAUUUUGUUUUAUCGUGAUGGAGUUGGUGAAAAUCAAUUUCAACAUGUAAAAACUUAUGAAGUAAAAGUACUUAAAGAAGUCUUUGCUAGUGUGUACAGAAAUUCGGGACCUACACUAACAUUUAUUAUAUUGCAAAAGAGGCAUCAUACCAGAUUUAUGCCAACUGAACCACGUGAAGGCGAUAAAUUGGGCAAUUGUCGUCCGGGAACAGUGGUUGACAGGACAAUUCUCGUUGAACAAGAGUUUGAUUUUUUCUUACAAUCUCACUCCAGCCUACAAGGAACAUCUCGUCCAAUACAUUAUAAUGUUCUUCAUGAUGAAAAUGACUUCACUGCAGAUGGAAUUCAAACAUUAACUUAUCGAUUAUGUUACCUUUCCGCUAGGUGUACACUUUCAAUUUCACAAGUUCCGGCAGUUUAUUAUGCUCAUCUGAUCGCUAAUCGUGCUAAACAUUAUUUUCGUUGGGACGGUGAUGAAAAAUCAGAUCUCAGUAGAGGCAGUGGAGGAAGCAGUGUGGGAUCAAUUGAAGAAGUCAAAAAUGGGUUGACCAAUGCAAUGUUCUUCAUUUAAUUAAACAAAGUAUUAGAUGAUAAUAGGCUGAGUUAUUAGUGUUUUACUCGUGAAUUAGAUUUUUAAUAAAUUUUUUUGCAUUACUCGUGAAUUAAUUUUUAAUAAAUUUUUUUUGUAUUACUCGUAAAUUAGAUUUUUAAUAAAUUUUUUUUG